CAGGGCCACCCACGGAAGGAGGCCUGUUGUGAUCGCCUCGUUCCGUGGCGAACGCGGCCACCGCUGCCUCCUCCCUUGCCACACCGGGGUGGCCCUGCUCCCCAUUCCCCAAGCUCGUCAGUUCCCGCUUCUUCUGCGGGUGAGGGAGCCCUCAGGGCUGGACAGGGUUUUCCGGAGCGAUGGACCACGCAAUGCAAUGUUUGAAUGCGGAAGGCAGGCGUGCGGUCGAGGCCGCCAAUCGGCCACUUGGUUCGUUCAAGAAGCUAAAAUUCCUGAAAAGAAUCAGGACAAUCGAACGCGUCAUUAGUUUGUUCUAAUUUACGCUUGAUUUAGAAGUCUUUGUCAUGGAACGAACUUUUACAUCGCUAAAAAUGUCAGAAGAAGGAAUAAUCUGCAUCAGUACACAUGAUUAAAUCGUCUGUUGCAAGCUGCAUUGUAUGCCUACAUCGAAGGUCUACCAGGACAUGACUGCCCCGCUCUCCCAUUAUUUCAUAUAUACGGGCCAUAAUUCGUAUUUAACAGGUAACCAACUCUGUAGCGAUAGCAGUGAUGUUCCAAUCAUAAAGGCUUUGCGAAGAGGGGUGAGAGUAAUCGAAUUGGAUCUGUGGCCGAAUAAAAGAAACAAUAAUGUGAAGGUUCUUCAUGGGAGGACACUGACUCAUCCCGUCAAAUUUAUUAAAUGCUUGAGAUCCAUUAAGGAAUAUGCCUUUAAAUCAUCUCCAUACCCAGUCAUAAUUACUCUUGAAGAUCAUUUAACUCCAAAUCUUCAAGCAAAAGCAGCUAAGAUGUUAACUGAAACUUUUGGAAAAAUACUGUAUACUCCAAUGUUGGAAUCUCCAGAAGUAUUUCCUUCACCGGAAGAGUUAAAGAUGAGGAUUAUGAUUUCCACUAAACCACCAAAAGAGUACCCUGAAUCCAAGACAAAGAUGACAUCACUGGCAACGACAACAAGCCACAAAGUCCCAACUAUUUGUGGUCGGCUGUUUUAUCCCAUCACCAAGUUUUUUAUCAAGGAAAAAGAGCAUGAAGGGCAAAAAGCAGAUGAAGAAGCAUCGAGUGAAGAAGCUUCGGAUCAUGAAGCCAUAACUAAUGAUCAUGAACUAAAUGAACAUUAUCAAGAAGAAGAUCCUGAGGAGGGCAAUGGAAAACCACCAAUCGAAUACAAGCGUCUAAUAGCAAUCGCAGCAAAGAAAUUGCAGGGUGACUUAACCGAGGCACUGAAGAUUGAUCCUCAUAAAGUUACACGUCUUAGCCUAAGUGAACAAGCACUUGAGAAAGCUGCAUCAUCCCAUGGAACUGAACUUAUUAGGUUCACUCAAAGAAACUUGUUAAGGAUAUUCCCAAAGGGCACACGUAUUACUUCUUCUAAUUACAAACCGUUGCUUGGUUGGAUGCAUGGAGCACAGAUGGUUGCACUAAACAUGCAGGGAUAUGGGCAACCACUCUGGUUGUUGCAUGGUAUGUUCAAAGCGAAUGGAGGGUGCGGAUAUGUGAAGAAGCCAGAUAUACUGUUGAAUGAUAAUCCAGAUCAACUCUUUGAUCCUAAAGCUACAUUGCUACCGAUGAAAACAUUGAAGGUGACGGUAUACACCGGGGACGGGUGGCGCUUUGAUUACCAUAAAUCACAUUUCGAUACAUGUUCACCACCAGAUUUUUAUGCAAGGGUGGGCAUAGCUGGAGUCCCAGUUGAUACAACAAUGGAGAAAACACAAACAAUCAAGGAUUGUUGGACGCCGGUUUGGGAUGCAGACUUUGAGUUCAAGUUGACUGUUCCAGAACUUGCUUUGCUUUGCAUCGAAGUUUUCGAGCACGAUGUGUCGGACCAGGAUGACUUUGCUGGCCAGACUUGUCUGCCAGUGUGGGAAUUAAGGACCGGGAUCCGCUCUGUUAGUCUUUGCGACCGCAAGGGUCGGACCCUAAAAUCUGUGAAGCUGCUAAUGCGCUUUGAUUUCAUUUUCCAUUGAAGUCUGUAUCCAAUUUUAUGAUAAAUCGUGUGAUCUCCAUAUAUAAAGCUGAAGCAUGUCUCGCCGCUAUAAAACAACAUAAAACUUUGGAUUAAUACAUCCUCUUGUUCUUUCUGUUCUUGCAACUACAUAUUGACUUUGCUCUGUAAGGUCAUAUUGCUGUUUCUGUAAAAAUAACAAAUCCAAAUUAUCUUCCAAUGUUCAUGUUU